AUGGAUGAGAUAGCCAUUGAUGAAUAUGAAGACAAUCCUGAAGAGCUUGUCCAGAGAGGUCAUGAGGUGAUCAAUUGGCAUCUUUCAGUUUCCAUUCUUUUUGAUCCCAACAACUCAUCCACUCUAAAUUGAAGUUUUUCCUACAUCUUUACUUCAAACCUGAGUUUUGAGAAUAUAGACGCUAAGAGAUUAAGAGAUGGAUAGAACUCAAAAGAUACAUUUUGGUUAUAUUUUUCACAAAUGCAAGAAAUCAUGGAAGUUUGGUAUGACAUAUUUAGAGACUUCUGUAAAGAUGUGGUUUCAAAUAAGAAAUUAAUGAAGCUAUUAAAUCUACAAGCGCCAAGGUUUGACGGCUUUGCAGAUCCUAUUUUUCCCUGUAGAAGACCUACCACAUUAUCUGAGACAAUGGGGAAAGCAGACAUAUGGCUUAUUCGAAACUCCUGGAAUUUUCAGUUUCCACAUCCACUCUUACCAAAUGUUGAUUUUAUUGGAGGACUCCUCUGCAAACCUGCCAAACCCCUACCUAAGGAAAUGGAAGAGUUUGUACAGAGCUCUGGAGAAAACGGUGUUGUGGUGUUCACUCUGGGGUCAAUGAUCACUAACAUGAAAGAAGAAAGGGCCAAUGUAAUUGCAUCAGCCCUUGCCCAGAUCCCACAAAAGGUUCUGUGGAGAUUUGAUGGGAAAAAACCAGAUACCUUAGGUCUCAAUACUCGGCUCUAUAAGUGGAUACCCCAGAAUGACCUUCUAGGUCAUCCAAAAACCAGAGCUUUUAUAACUCACGGUGGAGCCAAUGGCAUCUACGAGGCGAUCUACCAUGGGGUCCCUAUGGUGGGCAUUCCAUUGUUUGCCGAUCAACCUGAUAACAUUGCUCACAUGAAGGCCAGAGGAGCAGCUGUUCAAUUGGACUUUGACACAAUGUCGAGUACAGGCUUGGCGAAUGCACUGAAGACAGUAAUUAAUGAUCCUUUAUAUAAAGAGAAUGUUAUGAAAUUAUCAAGAAUUCAACAUGAUCAACCAGUGAAGCCCCUGGAUCGAGCAGUCUUCUGGAUUGAAUUUGUCAUGCGCCACAAAGGAGCUAAACACCUUCGGCCUGCAGCCCAUGACCUCACCUGGUUCCAGUACCACUCUUUGGAUGUGAUUGGGUUCCUGCUGGCCUGUGUGGCUACUGUGAUAUUUAUCAUCAUGAAAUGUUGUCUGUUUUGUUUCUGGAAGAUUGCUAGAAAAGGAAAGAAGGGAAAAAGUGAUUAGUUAUAUCUGAGAUAUGAAGCUGGAAAACCUGAGAGAUGAGACUACUUCAGUUUAUUUCAGGAAGAAAGAUUAUGAUGCAAGAUUUCUUUCUUCCUGUGACUAAAAAAAUAAAAAUAAAAAUAAAAAACUUUUCAAAAUUUA